AUGAGUCAGGGAAUUGUUCUGAACUACGAAUAUAUUGGCUCACAUAUCAAAGAUUAUAUUGAAGCGGAUAAUCUCUUUAGCACAUUCGAAGUCGAAGAUAUCGAAUCAAUCAUGAAAUUCGCGAAUUUAACACCUGACGAGUUCAAUUCUCUUCUUGCGCAAUCCCAUUCUGUCAUUUCAGCACGUGAAUUGUAUGCCUGCACUCGAAAUGCAAAUGUUUCAAUAAACAACCUACAAGAUGCCGUUUCAACACUUAAAUCAGUUCAAAAGUACAUGAAGAUGCGAGUUUUCGAAGGAAUUAUUGUCUUUUUAGAACAAUUGCAAAAGGAUCAAUCCAUUACAGCACAUAAAAUCGAAAAACUUCAAGCAGAUUUAAUUCGGAUCCAAAAAGAAAAAGAAAACGUUGAGAAAGAGAUGCAAACUCUUCACUCUCAACUCAAAGCGAAAGAAGGAAACGAUUUACCAAAAGAAUUUCUUUCGAAAAUUUCGGAACUUAAAAAUUCUGAAGAUUUCAAUCAAAUCUACAAAUUCUUUGAUGAAAUUUCAGAAAAAGGAAAUCAAAAAAUGAUGCAAAAAGCAUGUGAAGAAGAACUUUGGAAAAAACAAAAUGAUGAUUAUUAUGGUACAAAUGUACUUCAUGAAGCAUCUUCACAAGGAAAUCUGAGACUUGUUAAAUCUCUCAUUGAAUGUGGCUGUGACAAAGAAAUCAAAGACAAAGAAGAUGGUUUUACAGCUCUAAUUUGGGCAUCAAGAGAAGGUCAUCUUGAAGUUGUUCAAUAUCUUAUCUCAGUUGGAGCUAAUAAAGAAGUAAAGAAUAAUGAAGGAAAAACAGCACUUGAUAAAUCGAAAGGAGCAGUAAGAGAAUAUUUAUUAUCAAUUGCAAGAAAAUAA